AUAAGAUUUUCCUCUUUCUCAAUCUAGUCCCCCGCUGCGGUGAGAGCGCGUUAACGUGGCUGUAAGGCUCCUCCGUUCAGAUCUAUUGAGCUGACGUUCUCUUGAUUUGGAGUGGAGUGGUCCGGUGUCGUGGGAGCUAGGUCAUCGCUCGGUGUCGUGCGGUAUCUCACUUUCCUCUUCUUCCGGCCAAGUGGUUCUUCAGAGUCUUUUCUGGAGGCGCGCCUGUGGUGGUUCCGGUUGCUGUGUGGUUUCCGUCCCGCAACGGUCGACGCGUGUGGUCUCCGGCUUGUUCUGGACUGGGCCGUCUAUGACCUGUGUUUAGACCUCUCCGGCUACCGCUUCUGCGUUGUCUUCAUGUUUAUCGCCGCUCUUGUGCUGUGUAUCACGUGUACCGUGUGGUACUUCUUCCUUUCCGGCUCUUCGGCGGUCUCAGUGGUCACCUCCGCUGUUGUCUCUCCGAAGAGACUCUGUAGAGCUCCCAUCGGUUCUCGGUGUGAGCGCGAGGCAAGGUGUCGGACUUCUGUUUGAGUCUCGCAGUUCGGCAUCCUUGAAGGAGACUCGUAUGCUGAUCAGCCAUCUCAGCUCCAUUGUCGGGUCUCUUGGGCUCCAUUGGAGGGCUGUUCUAUCUCUAUAUUGCAGGUUUGGGCGAGCAGCUCAGGAUGUGGCUCUCAUCACUCCCCGUCUUCUUGCAGCUCGCACUUUGUUCUGAAGCCGAGUGUAAUAAGUGUGACAUUGGUAGUCUUGUGGCGUCAAGCCGGAUAGCGCUCAAGUCUGCUUGAUGCAAGUGGAGGUGUUUAGCUCGGGUUUCAGUCUCCUCUACCGGUGGUGGUUGGCGGAUAUGGUUCCCUCGGUUGGUCAUUGCAAAGCUGCGUGUGGUCGGAGUCAAUCAAUUGGAGUAGCGCUUUGGGCAAACCAAUAUCUACCGAACGUGGUCUCAUGUAUUAUCAAAGACUCCGAAUCCAUUUGGCAAUGCUUCAGUCUCGGCCAAUAUUUCCUUCUGCUAGUGUCUUGUGUGCUUGUGUUAAUUGUUUAAGUCCCACCAUUGUUGCUUGUUCUUUCUCCUUGGUGUUUAGAUUUUUUCUUUUUUAUCUGCUACUAGUACUCUAUGUAACUGCUGUCAAAAUUCUAAAACUUUGGUAUAAAAUUUAACAUUUAGACCCAAAAAAAAAGUGUUUUGUUAGCAGGAUCAACAUUAAAUAUGUAAUCUUGACCAUUGUUUGUUUUUUUUUGACGUAUAAGAAGAACAAUGUUAAACACUAACAGUAUGAGUGUUCGCCCUAGAAAAAUUCUCUCUGGCCCGAUUCCCAAGGUGCGCCGCUCAGAUGAAUCUCCUCCGCUCCAACGCCGCCGUUCUUUCCCCUUCCCUCUGAAGCAGCUCCUCUCCCUCUCCAUGGUCCUGAUGGUGACUCCUUUUCCGUCACGGUUCAGACCUCCUCCAGAUCCACCUCCUACAGAUCUGCCGCCGUGGUCGCUGUGUAAGUCUCGUCCGUUUAAAGCUCGCUUCCUCAUCGUCCCUCCAGAACCUCCAGAACCCCCAGACGUUCCCCUUCUCCUCGCUCCUCUCCUUCAAACCCUCGAAUCCUCCAUCAAUCCCGUCGUCUUCCUCCCCCGUUGCACCUCUCCGGUUCCUGUUGCUGUAGCUUCUCCUCUGAGGUUCUUUGCAUCGACCAUUGGUUUAACCGGGACUGUUUUCGUGUCAUUUGGAGUGUGUGUUUCUACUGCUUGGUGCAGAUUUCAGCACAGUUCCUCUUUUCAGCUCGAGCCACAGUUUAUCUUUGCAGAAACCUCCUCUCUCUUAGUCAAGCUUUCAAAAGGGACUGAUGCUUCUAAAAAUGGAGGUCUUGGAUGGUGUAUCCAUGGUAUGGAUGAAGCCCAUGACUCUCAAAGCUCUGCUAGGAUACUAUAUGUGGUCUCAACCCUUGCAGCCGAAGCUUUGAUGUCGCAGGUGGUCCUUCCUUCAGCAUCAUCUGCUGGAUUUUCAAAGCUUCAAGAAAUCUGGGACUCUAUUGUGUUCUUCUCUGCCCUGCAUUCAGGGAUGGAUUUAAACGAGAUCGCAGGUUGUCUCCUUACAAACCUUGCCACUCUCUUCAGUCCUCUAUCAUUUAACUUUUAUCAGUGCACAGCAUUACAUUUGACUGUUGCAAUUGCUAUGUGUGUUUUCUUCAGACUAUGUUCCUCUAUUACUCUAUUUUGAGAUAUGAAUGAAAGAAAUGUUUGACAAAAAAAAAAAAAAACACUAACAGUAUUGUGUAGUUUCUCAUGAUAAUUUUAGUUACUGAGAAUGCCCUGUUCUGAUCACUUUGUUUUGAAUUAGGGAGGAUGAGCUCAUGGGAACUACUUCACUGAACGUGACAACCAAGUAUCUCCAACUCUGUUGCGUAAGGGAGCUGAAGGGAACUGUUAAUCUAAUCUAUUAAAAGGAAAUUACAUUUUGUACAUAGCCCUGAAUUUUCCUCAAUAUUUACUUUCUUACUAGGUGUCUUCCUGCACCAUGUACAGUAAAAAAGUUUUAAUUUUUUU